CGUCAUUAAACCACGUGAGAAGGGGAGCCAAUCCUUCUCAUUGAAUCCCGGUAGCAACAAAUUUUUAAAUUCAACGUUGCCGUUCGUACACGUUUAAUAGUCGGUUUAGUUACGUCAAGAGCUAGUUAAGGGUUGUACUUGUCUUAGUUUUGAAAGUCAAAAAUGCUCCCCACUGGAGACGUGCAAGGCUGUCUUCGUAAAUUGGAAACUCUCUUGCGAAUAGUGAAAUAUCCUGGACAUGUCGACCGUGAUGGGGGUAGUGUGGUACAAUGCGGGCAUGCAGCCAACCAUCCAUCCAUUUUCUGUGCCGCUGAUCGUCACGAGGGUUGUGGGAGUGCUGGAGUCAAUCCCACCUGUCAUCAGACUUUCUGCAGGAGACCCCUCAGCUUUUCUGCCCAUCUUGAGCUUCACUCUCAAUACAUUCUCUCCACAUUUUGCUGAGGAACUAGUGGGAGCUGGACUGGAGGUGACAGGGAAGACUGACCUGAGAUUCACUGAUACACUGUAUAAGGUUCUGCGAGAUAUAUUCCACUACAAGCCCAUUGUCUCCAAGCAACAGUUCCUCCAGAAGGGUUUUGUUCAAAGAAAGAUUUCUACCCUUUGUGACAUCAUUCACUUGGUCCUCCAGAGAGACAGUGAGCUGAAAAAGGUGGGACUGCAUCAAAAACAAGGAUCAUUGUGCGUGGGAUAUUGCCACGGGAGCUCAGUGACACUUAAGAAACACAUUCCAAAAGUCAGAAUUCCAGUGUCCCACAAGGACACAACAGCAGAGCACCAUUCAAAACUGACUAAGCCGGAUUCUUUUUCCAAUAUAGAGCGAAGACUUUCUGUCAUGGAAGUUCAAAUCAAGAGUCUUCUUUGUAGUCUUAAAAGGCUCAGUGCCCUGGAAGACCAUCUGGUGAAGCUAACAAGCCGGACUAACACAGAAAACGAAGAAGAAUUGAUCACAAUAUCAAGAGAGAACUGGGAAAAUCUAAAUGUUAGAAUCCUAUUACUGGAAAACAAACUGGAAAUGGCCCACACAAAGACAGCACGGUGAAGCAACUGGAUAGAGCAUUGGUCUGACAGUUCUGAGGACCGGGGUUGAAAUCCCAGCCCACCUGUGUGGAGUUUUCAUAUCCUCCCCGUGCCUGCAUGGGUUUUCUUCGGGCACUCCGGUUUCCUCCCACAUCCCAAAAACAUACAUUAAUUUUCUGUCUCUGUGUGCCCUGCUAUUGGCUGGAAACCAGUUCAGGGUGUACCCUCCCUCCUGCCCGAUGAUAGCUGGGAUAGGCGCCAGCACUCCUGCGACCCUUGUGUGAUUGUUUUUUGUCUCGAUGUCCCCUGCAAUUGGCUGGCAACCAACUCAGAGUGCACACCGCCUCCUACACGAUGAUAGCUGGGACAGGUUCCGACACUCCCGCGAUCCUUGUGAGGAAAAGUGCCUCAGAGAAUGGAUGGACGGACAGAUCCCAAGAAAAGGUUUGUCAUCUCAGCUGUCAAGAGGCGGUGGUUGUAUUCAAAUCAAUUUGUGCCGACAAUAUGAAUCCCGUCACAAAGACAAGCAUUCAAAUGCGAGCAGAUAAACUAUCAAAGCUACAAAGUGGACUGUUAUCUCAGCAAAAUACAUUUGUACGCCAAGCUCAGGUGAACCAGUUCUCCUUUCGAGCAAGCUUUCCGGUAACUCAACUGAGAGCAAGCAGCGGAAAACCUUUCACUGAUGGAGAAUUUGUCAAGAAAUUUUUGAAUGCUGUUGUGGAGAAGGUGCGUCCCCAGAAGAUAUGCCGUAAGUCUGUCGACGACUACAAUCACAAAACUCAAUGAAGAAAUCAGGGGUUAUGUCUAUGCCCACCUGCAGCAAAAGGUAAAAGAAUUUGACUUUUUUUCCAUUAGCACUGGAUCAGAGCACAGAGGUGCAGGACACAGCACAGGUACAUAUUUUUAUUCAUGGAGUUAGCGCAAACUUUGAAAUGUGCAAGGAUUUGGCAGCCCUCCAGUUUAAAGGGACUACGACGGCAGAAGGAUAUUUUUGACAAAGUCUGCCAAAUCAUGGAAGAGUUAAACCUGGACUGGUCGAAGCUUGUUAGCAGGACGACUGAUGGAGCUCCUAGUAUGGUGUCAUCUUGGGGUUUAAUACGGCUUGUGAACCCAAAGAUAGAAGGAUGGGGUCUUAUUGCCCCGCUACAAGUCCACUGCCUAAUUCACCAGCAAACACUUUGAUUCAAAGUGCUCAAGUGGGAGUCUGUCAUGAAAAUUGAUUGUGGGAUCAUGCAUAAACUUCAUCAGAGCAAAGGGAGUUCCAACAAUUUCUGUCUCAACUGGAGACUGUGAGGAGCCAUGGCAGUUGUUUUUUUUUUUUUUGUUUUUUUUUUAAGCUGAUGAAUGAAAUUAACUUUUUUCAUUCAAAAGACAAAACGGUCUCUGAGCUGAUUGAUCCAGAAUGGAAAUGGUAGGUAGCAUUUUUAACAGACGUGACAGAAAUGCUGAACACCCUUAACUGACGCUUAACUUAACAGAUACAAAGUCAAGGGAAAAUAUUUUGCAACAUAUAUUCCCACAUAAAAGCGUUUUAGGUGAAACUAGUGCUACUUCUAGAACAAGUGAAGAAGAACAACUUCAUCCAUCUUCCAACAAAGUACACUUAAAUAUACUUAAAUAUACAUGCCAGCAAGUGUUUUAGCGCAGGGGUCCCCAACCGCCGGGCCAGGGACCAGUACCGGUUCAUGGGUCAUUUGAUACCAAGCUGCAAAGAAAUAAUAAAUUUACUAAUGACUGCAUUCUGCCUGAAUUGACUUUGGCCUAUUCCUCUUGAUACACCAAUGUGCCUGUCCACUCCAUAGAUGUAAUAAUAAAACGGGAUGGGAUGUCUUCAUAUAAAUCCGUUGGAGCUAGCAAUACAUCUAUUUUUUUUUUAUAUCUAUGUGCACUUGUCCUCGAAAAUUAUGUAUGAUGUAGGCGCAUCAGAUUUGUUCCCACAAAUAAGCCCAAAUGCUAGUGAAGAUGACUGAAAAACAGACGUCUUUGGACACGUUUUUUACGGGUAAAAGGCCACCUGACGAGCCAGAAGAGGAGCCUACAAUCUCCAAGAAAACAAAAACGUCUUUUAACAGACAAGACCAAGAAUCCUACCUAAAAUAUGGGGUUGUCGCAACAGAUGACUCUCAGGCACAGAGUCCGCUUAUUGGAUUCAGUCUAACACAUUUUUACCAACUUCUGCUUUGGACCACCAGCUUCUAGAUAGGCACCAUGGGCGUGAAACAACCGACAGCGAUUUUGCUGGUCAACUUCCUUAUUCCCUUCCCACAUCGCUGUGGUCCAUGGAUCCCACUGAUGUUGGUCUCUGCAAUGUGUCACCUGUUGUGUUUCAGAUGAAACCAGGACCAAUAUAUGUUCCCCAGUACUCUGUUAAAGAGGCUGCGAUGAUUGGCAUUUCGGAUACAAUUGAUGGCUUGCUCAAAGCAGGGGUGCUGUGUGAAAUUCCUGGCUCUGAUUUUAACACCCCCAUCUUGCCUGUUGAAAAGAAAAACACUGAAAAGUUUCGCAUGGUCCAUGACCCGCGAGCAAUUUACGCGGCCGUGUUAACCAUCACUUUGCCCGUGCCGAACCCGCACUCGGCAUUGUCCCAAAUUACAUCAGCCCACACUCAUUUCACUUGCAUUGACUUGGCUAAUGCAUUAUUUUGCAUUCCGCUUCAUACUUCCACGAAGAAUUUUUUUGCUUUCAAUUGGAAUGGUGUUUGCUAUUCCUACAAUCGCCUGCCUCAAGGCUCUGUCCUUUCACCUGGACUCUCCAAUGACUGUCUUCGUCAGUUGCUGUCUCCACUUGAAUUGCCUCAUGGGGUUCUCCUGGUGCAGUGGAUGACCUCUUGCUGGCGGUUCCAUCUGAAACUUCUCGUCUCGAAGCCACUGGGUCUUUGCUUUCUCAUUUGGCCUCUGUUGGACUGAAGUGUUCCAUGUCCAAACUCCAGAUUGCCCGACUGCAGGUUUCCUUUCUCGGACGUCUGACUCACGCCAUGGCACAGGAAUGUCUCCCUCUCACAAAGACGAUAUCCUCCAUCACCCAAAACCAACAAAUGUCAAAACCAUGCUGGCCUUUCUUGGUCUUUGCAACUCCUCCGGGCAUCAUGUUCCAAACUUUGCUAAACUCACUCACUCACCCGCUCCGACGGAUGGUCAAUGUACAAGGUAUGCACAAUCUUUCUAACAGUCUUUGUUGGACCACGGAAGAAGACACUUCCUUCAUCUCAUUGAAACAACAUCUUUCCAGUGCCGCAGCUCUUGGGAUUCCUGAUUACAGUCGCAUGUUCUAUCUUGACGUGUCUGAAAAGAUCAGCAGUGUUUCUGCUGCUCUUUAUCAGAAAGGGGAAGGCGGAAGUUGACAAGUUUGUCUGUAUGCAUCAACUUCAUCGGAAAAAUAUGAGCAAAGACACUCAAUUUGCGCUUCUUCCGCAUCUCUGCUCUAGCCAGAGUGAUUCAAAAGACUUCUCACAUUGUUCUUCAUCAUCCGCUGACUGUGCGAACAUCACACAAUACAGUCCAGUACGUCACGAGUCAAGGUUUCACCAUGAGCAGAGGAAGACAGAGGAAAAUUGAAACAAUUUUAACACAACCACAUAUUCUCUUUACUCAUGAAGGGGUAAACAUGGCUGAAGGUCUGCUCGGAGGAGAACCGCAUUGUUGUGUACGAAAAACGACGGAACAAAACUCACCCCGCACUGAACUUUGAGACAGCUCUUGACAAUCCGGACUUGAUUCUUUUCACAGACGGAUGUUGCUUCAAAGGCAACAAUGACCUACAAUCUGGAUUUGCAGUAACCCUAACUACAGAAACAGGUUCUGAAGAAGUGCAAGCAGAAAGAAUUCCAGUCUCCAGUCUGUACAAAGACCAGAAAUUUUGUCGUCAAGUCAGUUAACAUUUACACAGAUUCGCAUAUGCACACAUGACAGUUCAUGUUGCAGUAAAAGAAUGGCAGCAAAACGAUUUCCAAACUGCAACCGCUACACCCAUUAAACAUCAAGACGACAUUCUCGAAUUGUGAGAUGCUUUAAUGCUCCCGACAGCAGUUGCAGUCCUUAAAUGCAAAGGUCACUCUCGAACUAAUGAUUUUGUAUCAGCAGGAAAUGAAUCAGCAGAUCGAGCAGCAAAAAAGGUUGCGGGGUACCGACCAACACUACAGCUAACUGUAAGUGAAUCUGAAUGUGACAAUCUUCAGGAGGUGACAGUAGAAACAGUUAGGUUGUGGCAGAAGAAAGUAAGUCCAGAAGAAAAGAGUGUGUGGAAGUCGAAAGGGGGUGUCAAAGAUGAGGAUGGGAUAUGGCGAAAAGAGGGUAAGUGCAUUCCAUCUCAGACACAAUUGAAAAAUCUAAUUUCUGAAGCCCAUGGAACAUGCCAUGUAGGUGUGGAUUUAAACACUGAGAUGACUCCACACCUGGUGGCAUCCUUUCAUGAGACAAAUUGUUAAAAGUAAACUGCAGGACUGCAAUGUUUGCAGUAGGUAUAACAGUAUGCCUACAACGAAAUCACCACAGGGAGUACACGAUCCGGACGUGGAUCCCCCUGGUAAGGUGAUUUCAAUAGGAUUUCACUGACAUGAUUAAAACAGUGUCAGGUUAUUGGUAUUUACUAGUCAUAGUUGUUUCCUUUUUGUAAUGGCCAAAGCCAUAUCCCUGCAAAUCUGAAACAGCAAGCAUAGUGUUAAAACAUUUGGUUAAUCACUACAUUCACAAUCAGGCGCUCCCCUUGGAAUGAAUACUUGUGAAUCUGUGUGGUUAAAAGUAACUAAAUGUAAAUAGUCUGAACCUAGGAUUACAGGUCCCUUUCAGGUCCCGGAGGAGACGAUCACCACAAUACAUCCUGCAGGAAAGGGGGACACGUGGUUCUACAUCUCGUCUACACGACCUGCCAGAUCCGCCUCGGGUUCAGCGAUCCCUCCACCUGACGACAACCGGAAAACUGCGUCUUCUCCAGUGCCGGCUGGCACCAGUUGAUGACAUCAUUCGACUAGGAAGGUGAAUGCGCCCCAGCUCGACUCAUCCCAGAGGAAAAGGCCCCAUGCCCGAUGCACCACCCACUCCGGACAAUGACGAUGCUGGCACCUUUUUUUUUUAAAUUUGUUCAUUUCAAGUGUCGGACUCGAAAGAGUCCGAAAAGGGGAUUGAAGUGUGUCUUAUGCCCAUAUUUAGUCAUGACUCCAUAAUUUCCUCAUGUCCUCAGUGGAGCUUUGUUCUGUAGCCAGAUGUGUCCUUGAUCGCAUCUCUGCACGUAUGCUAACCUUGAUGAACUGCAUACUGGACACUUUGUAAUAAUCCAUUGCCAACUAGAACCAGUUGAGACAGAAACCCUUUGUCUAAGUGGAAAGACCUGAUCACACGCCACAGGUUUGAUACAACUCAUAGUCCGCCCUUCUGACAAGAUAAAGGAUGUGUACUUUCUCUGUAUCUUGGCACUAAUGAUCUGCUCUCUACAGCCAUUGUCUGUAACUCAUAAGUGCCCGGAACAUUCUGUAAGUAAAUUCUUCAAAGAAACUGUU